AUGGAGAAGCGAACUCGGGAUCACGUACCUGAAGGAACCUUGUCUUUUAAUAAUGAGGAUGCAAAGGGGAUCAUACAACCCCACAACGACGCACUAGUAAUAUCUGUACUUAUGAAUAAGACUCAAGUUAAAUAUGUUUUAAUUGAUCCAGGUAGCUCGGCCAACAUUAUUCGAUCGCGGGUUGUAGAACGGCUCGGCCUGCCAGAACAGGUUGUGCCCGGGGCCCGAGUACUAAACGACUUUAAUAUGGCAUGUGAAACCACCAAAGGCAAAAUAACUUUAUCGGUAAACUUUGCUGGGACCAUCCAUGAAAUCAAGUUCCAUAUGAUCGAGGGCGAUAUGAGGUAUAAUGCCGUAUUCGAGAGACCGUGGAUCCAUAACAUGAGAGCAGUGCCCUUGACCCUUCACCGGGUUCUAAAGUUCCUAAUGCCAGAAGGAGUCAAAACAGUCUACGGGGAGCAAACCACCGCCAAGGAAAUGUUUGUCAUCGACGAAGUGAUACCGAAGACAAAAUAG